GCUUCCUCCUUCUACCUUUUCAGACAAGACUAGAUACACAGCGUGAAAUGGGCAAUAACAGCACCAAAUUUAAGAGCAAACGUGAUGAGUUACUGCUCAUACGUGAAUGUCUGCUUAAAGGUGCUGAAGAAGUCCAAGGAACAAAUAUUAUAUGUUUUCCUGACUUGAAGAAACUCAUGAUGGAAGACUGGAAGAGCUAUAUAAAAGCCGGUGGUCACUAUGAUCUAUAUAAAGCAGAAAACACAUGUGUUCUUGACUCACUCCUAGUUGGCUUUCAUCUUUGUUAUACUAAAUUUGAAAAAAUUAAACUACUUUUCCAAUCUGACUCUAUAAUGAAUGCAAUAAUGAUAUUUUUAGAUGCAAAAAAAUAUAAUGAAGCCAAAGUUCUUUGGCUGGUUAGGUUAAAUCUCAUGUCUGAAGACUGUAAAUUCCAAAUUAAUUUCCAAAAGGUAAUUAAUGUUUGGAGUGAAGUAAAGGACCAUUUGCCAAUGCUUCAAGAGCUGGUUUGUUCCAGAGACCAUUUUUCUGAAAGCGGAGCCAUUCAUGGAGCUGCUGAUCGUUUACAAGAAAGCAUUUUACGGGAAUUCCAGCCCUAUGGAGAAGUAAUGACUUUGGGUAAAUAUGGAGACCCCUGCCUCAUACUUGUAAACAUAGAUGGCCUAAUGGACACAGCUCCCCCACUUAUUAAAGACAAAUAUGGCAGAACAUUUGAGCUGCAGUUUUUGCUUCUGUGGAAGAGGAGAGAACAAACAAAGCACAUGGUUGUGUGCUGCAACCUGGUGGAUAGAUGGGUCCUGUAUGACAAUAACCCGAGUGUAGCACCAGACAUCGACUUUAAUGCUGCAUAUUUUAAAAAGGAUUAUCCCGUUCACCUGGCUGGCUAUGUCAACGUUAUCCAACCUGGACACAGUAAUGUUGGUGUUCCAGUGGCUGAAGAGGGGUUACGACCUGGAGCGUCAGUGUGGAAUUGGAGUCCAGUAGGUGACAGGAACCGGAGAAUGUGAUUGUUCACAUUAGCCAAAGGAAACUGCCCACCCGUGCAUGUGAUUGGCUGCAGUCCUUUGACCAAAAGUUCAUCUGAUUGGCUGGCUACGAGUGCAUGGGGUAUUUCUUCCAUGGCCUGUUCCGAAGUCCUCUAGGCGUACCUCCAAGGCGGCUUGGGGCAAACCUAGUAGUUUAGAACCGUAGCUCAGAUAGAUGUUUGCUUUAUAGUUGGUGUAUUGUCUCUUUCUCAAUGUAUUAGCUUAGCUCUAAUUAUGGCCCAAUUCCAUUUCUUCUUUUUACCCCUACUCCUUGUUUUUGAGUGUCAG